UUCUUGUUUUUCGUCAAUUCGUGUCGCGUGUGUGUCACACUUUCUCUCGUAAUUUUCAGUCUUAAAAAUUUAUGGUAAAUUUGUAAAUAAAUGCAAUUUGAAAUCUCAUUAUAGCUGGCACCCUUUUUGGGUUCUUCUUAAAAAAACAUUUGCAUUUAAUAAGGAAAAGUUCGUCAUGUGGGAAAGUGUAUGAACAUUGAACAUACGCGAAGAGCCGAAAAUGUAAUUUUCUAGUUCAGUGAUUUCAUCAACAGUGAAACUGAAGAAAAACAAGAGUUUAUUGUCAAGUUGGUUCAGUUGAAAACAGACUCUAGUUCAGGCAAGAUGCAUUGUAAAGAGGAGGCAAGUCCUUCCUCCAAUUCACCAAAUUCUCUUCAACAAAAUUUGAACAACUACUUCCCUACUUCCAUCAAGCUGUCAUCAUAUGUUGAAGCAUUACGGCCAUGGUCUUUCAGUGCUUCUCUAAUGCCUGUGCUGUUGGGCUGUGCCAUCGCUCACAAAACGACUGGUGAAUUCAGUCCCAUCGUCCUGGUUCUUACUUCUUUGUGUGCUCUCUCAGUCCACGCUGCUGGAAAUCUAGUCAACACAUACUUUGACUUUAUCAAAGGCAUUGAUAACAAACAGAAAAGUGAUGACCGUACCCUAGUUGAUCAGCUCCUGUCCAAGGAUGAAGUUGUCACUCUUGGUGCCGUUCUGUACGGAUUGGGCUGUGUGGGUUUCAUUGCACUAGUCUUCCUCUCUCCGGCCAGGAUGGAACAUUUGGCACUAGUCUACUUUGGUGGUCUUUCCAGCUCGUUCCUGUACACCGGUGGAAUAGGAUUCAAGUAUAUCGCCCUCGGAGACGUCAUGAUACUCAUCAUCUUUGGUCCCAUCACCUUACUGUUUUCCUAUUUGGCACAAUCUGGUCAGACGGAAUGGGCUACGAUUUGGUACGCCAUACCCUUGGCGCUCAACACGGAAGCAAUUUUGCACAGUAAUAAUACGAGAGACAUGAACACGGAUCGGAGAGCCGGCAUUGUGACACUUGCCAUUUUGAUUGGAACACCCGCAUCAAUCGUCCUGUUUGCCUGUCUCCUUUUCCUACCUUACAUGGUCUUCGUGGUUCUGGCACUGCACUACUCCAAGUGGCUUCUUCUGCCUCUCAUCACCCUUCCGUCUGCCUUCCGUUUGGAAAAAGAAUUCCGCAGUGAAGAUAUGCGACACAUACCGAAAAAAACGGCCAAACUUAAUUUCUUCUUUGCGCUUCUCUAUGUCUUGGCAAUUGGUUUAUGCCCUAGCACUGAAUUGCCCCUUUUCUCACAUUGAAAACGAGCUAAAUUGUAAGUUAAUUUUGUAGUUUGAACAAAACGAUUAAACAACUCAUGACCAAA